AUGUUGACAGUUUCUGCGAGAUCAUUUUCGAGGAAAUGGCGACUACUCGGCGUGGUGUUAGUGAUUUUCUGCAGUUUGUUAUUAUUUUGGAUCAUUAAUACUUCUAAACCUUAUCAACUUGUUGGUGAACAGACUGUCCAAAGAUUUUCUCAGAAUGAAAGUUCACGGAAAAGUUAUUCAGAAAUAAUUAGAGAAUUUAAUAUCUCCUUAUAUAAAGACACAGAUCCGAACCGUUUCCAUCUUAAUGUGAACAAGACACAUAUGACGCCUGUGAAUCGUGAGGUUCCAGACCCACGGCCUCCUCAGUGUGCAUUAAUUGAGUAUGACAUUAAGUCACUUCCGCUAGCAUCCAUCGUAAUACCGCUUCAUAACGAACCGUGGUCAACGUUCGAACGAAUGAUCAACAGUAUCCUGAACCGUUCUCCGUUGACGCUCCUAAAAGAAAUCAUAGUCAUCGACGACAUGAGUACGCUUGACUAUUUAGGGGAACCAUUGGAAAAGUAUGCUGAACAAAUUAGCGUCCUGACAAUACACAGAUCGUUUGAAAGACUUGGCACGAUGAAGUCAAGAGUUCUUGGGACGCAGCUUGCAAAAGGCGAUGUUGUGGUGUUUUUAGAUUCCCAUGUCGAGGUAAAUACUGGAUGGCUAGAACCAAUAUUGUACGAAAUAAACCAAAAUUAUACGACAAUAGUCCAACCUUCUAUUGACGUAAUAGAUCCCGAAACGUUCGAAUACAAACCAUUCUUCAGAAAUGAUAAAAGAGGACAUUUUCGAUGGAGUAUGGCGUUUGAAUUUGUUCCGUUAACCCCACAACAACAAACACAGGUGGCAGCUGAACCAACCAAAACAUUCAACACUCCUGCUAUUGUUGGUUGUGCAUUUGCAGCUAACCGGAAAUAUUUUCUAGAUAUCGGUGGACUUGACACAGGCAUGCGGAUAUGGGGUGGAGAAGAUGUUGAGCUAUCCGUGAGAGUAUGGCUUUGUGGUGGCAGAAUGAAAAUAUCACCAUGUUCACAUGUUGCUCACAUUUUUAAAACUGAUCAUCCCUUCAAAAUGAAAUAUCCCGACCUUGUAUACAAUAACAAAAGAACUGCGGAAAUGUGGCUUGGGAAUUACAGAAAGUAUUUUUACUACUUCAAUGCUGGGUACGCAAAACCACCAUCAAUAUUCGAAAAGUUCAAAGACAUGAAUGAUAUAAAAAGGAGGUUUAAAUGCAAAGACUUUGGUUGGUUGUUGAAGCAUGUUUACCCUGAACUGGAGAUUCCACCGGAAGGAAGUGACUAUUUCGGGAAUUUGCGUAACUUAGGUUCCGGUUACUGUUUCGGUCCUGCAGAUUCUCUCACCGUAGGCUCGUAUCCUAUCAUUGCAAUUGGGGACUGUUUCUUCUACCAUAAAGUCCGGAACUUUGCUUUGCUUGGAAAUGGCAGCAUGAUGGUGGACGGGAAGUGUGUUAAUAUCAAACAGAACUUCCUUAUUGUGUCUCCUUGCUCAUCAACCGGAAGUGGUAAGUGGGGCUUUAAAAGGAAACAACUAGUUUAUACAAAAUUCUAUCAUUCAAAAUGUGUCGUGCAGGUGGCCAAGAAGAUGGGAUCGAUAGAGCAAGAAGUCGCAAUGCCCAUGCCAUGUAACAGUUCCAACCGAGCAAUGGAAUGGAAGAUUACUACAAAACUCUACAAGGUUAAGGUGUCUGGUAGAUUAUUUACGUAA